UCUUGAUCCUACCACUAAAGUGGUGUAACCCAAUAAUAACAGAUUUUGCAAAACUCAUAUCUAAAGCCUUUCCUUUACUCUUUAUCCUACCACUAAAGUGGUGUAACUCAUCUCACCAUUAAUGGAGUACUGCAAUAACUUUGUUACAUUCAACCAAUGUUCCUGCAAAUGUCGAAUUAACAAAACAAGAGUGUAAGACCAACUUCUGUGAAACUUGAUUGUCUGCUACCAUGUAAAAAUGCUCACAGGCUUACCACUGACAAUUUCUCUGUGUAGGCAAUGUUUAAGUAGAGCAAAUAGCAUGCUCCAAUUACAAUCAUAAAAUGCCAUUGCCAACCACUACUCAUUUCAAUCUGACAGCAUUGUGUAGAGAGGGCCGGUUGAAGGAGGCGCUGCACAUUCUUUUUACAACACACAACCCUCCUGAAGACUCCUCUACAUGUCUUCUAUUAUUGCAGACCUGCAUUCUCAAGAACGCGCUUUCACAAGGAAAAAUUGUCCACUCUUUCAUCACUCAAAGACGAUGCGCAUUUGGGUUACGCACAACUCAUAAUAAGCUUAUUUAUAUGUAUGCGAAGUGCGGAAGUUUGGUUGAUGCUCGUAAAGUUUUUGACCAAAUGAAGGAGCAAGACAGCGUCUCAUGGAAUACGAUUGUUGCGGCGUACAGAAGACAUGGGUAUCCUCACGAGGCAGUAACACUGUUUCACCAAAUGCAACGAACAGGUUUCCAACCCGAUCAGUUCACAUUUGCCAGCGUGCUUCCAGCCUGUGCCGAGAUGGGAGCUUUGGAACAUGGCAUAGACAUCCAUCAAAUUAUAAAGGAUAGAGGCAUUUCGUCAAAUGUUGUAGUUGUAACUGCACUGGUAGACAUGUAUGCAAAAUGUGGAAGCAUAGACAAGGCACGUGAACUGUUUGACCAAAUACCUUACAGAAAUGUCGUCUCAUGGAAUGUAAUGAUUGCAGGAUAUGCACAAAUAGGAUUUGUUGAAAAGGCUGUAGAAACUUUCAAACAAAUGCAAUUGGCAGGUGUACAGCCUGAUUUCACAACUUUUGCCAGCAUCCUCCCUGCCUGUGCUAAAAUGGGAGCUUUGGAACAGGGUAUGUACAUCCAUCAAAGCAUAAAGGAUAGAGGAAUUUCGUCAAAUGUUGUAGUUGCAAGUGCUCUGGUAGACAUGUAUGCAAAAUGUGGAAGGAUAGACAAGGCACGUGAACUAUUUGACAGUAUGCCUCAAAAAGAUGUGGUCUCGUGGAAUGCCAUGAUUGCAGGAUAUGCGCAAAAUGGAUUUGUUGAAAAGGCUUUAGAUACUUUCAAGCAGAUGCAAUUGGCAGGUAUAAAUCCAAAUUCCGUAACCUUUGCCAGCAUCCUCCCUGCCUGUGCCAAAAUAGGAGCUUUGGAACAGGGUAUGGACAUCCAUCAAAGCAUAUUGCAAUGGGGGUUUUCGUCAGAUAUAAUAGUUGGAAAUGCUUUGGUAGACAUGUAUGCAAAAUGUAACAGCAUAGACAAGGCAUGGGAAUUGUUUGAGAGAAUGCCUCAGAGAAACGUGGUCUCCUGGACUGCAAUGAUUGCAGGAUAUGCACAAAAUGAAUUUGUUGAGAAGGCUGUAGAAACUUUUAAGCAAAUGCAAUUGGCAGGUGUAAAGCCUAAUUCCACAACCUUUGCGAGCAUUCUCUCUGCCUGUGCUAAAAUGGGAGCUUUGGAACAGGGUAUGGACAUCCAUCAAAGCAUAAUGGAAGGGGGUUUUCUGUCAGACAUUAUGAUUGGAAAUGCUCUGGUAGACAUGUAUGCAAAAUGUGGAAGGAUAAAUAAAGCGUAUGAAUUGUUUAAUAAAAUGCCUCAAAGAAAUGUGGUCUCAUGGACUGCAAUGAUUGCAGGAUAUGCACAAAAUGGAUUCGUUGAAAAGGCUUUAGAAACUUUCAAACAAAUGCAGUUGGCAGAUGUAAAGCCUAAUUCCACAACCUUUGCCAGCAUCCUCCCUGCCUGUGCCAAAAUGGGAGUUUUGGAACAGGGUGUAGACAUCCAUCAAAGCAUAAAGGAUAAAGAAAUUUUGUCAGAUGUUGUAGUUGCAACUGCCCUGGUAGACAUGUAUGCAAAAUGUGGAUGUAUAGACAAGGCACGUGAACUCUUUGACAAAAUGCAUCAAAGAAAUGUGGUAUCAUGGAAUGCCAUGAUUACAGGAUAUUUACAAAUUGGAUUGUUUGAAAAAGCUUUAGAAACUUUCAAGCAAAUGCAAAUGGCAGGAGUAAAGCCAAAUUCCACAACCUUUGCCAGCAUCCUCCCUGCCUGUGCCAAAACGGGAGCUUUGGAACAGGGUAUGGACAUCCAUCAGAGCAUAAUGGAAUGGGAAUCUUUGUCAGAGAUGAUAGUUGGAAAUGCUCUGAUAGACAUGUAUGCAAAAUGUGGAAGCAUAGACAAGGCACGUGAACUGUUUGACACAAUGUCUGAAAGAGAUGUCAUCUCAUGGAAUGCAAUGAUUGCAGGAUAUACACAAAACGGAUUUGUUGAAAAAGCUUUAGAAACAUUCAAGCAAAUGCAAUUGGCAGGUGUUAUGCCAAAUUCCACAACCUUUGCCAGCAUCCUCCCUGCCUGUGCCAAAAUGGGAGCUUUGGAACAGGGUAUGGACAUCCAUCAAAGCAUAAUGGAAGGGGGAUUUUUGUCAGAUAUUAUAGUUGCAAAUGCUCUGGUAGACAUGUAUGCAAAAUGUGCGAGCAUAGACAAAGCACGUGAGUUGUUUGACAGAAUGCCUCAAAGAGAUGUCAUCUCAUGGAAUGCAAUGAUUUCAGGAUAUGCACAAAAUGGAUUUUGCAAGGAUGCUUUCAAAAUUUUUGAAUUAAUGAAGCAUUCUGGAACAUCUCCCGAUACUAUAAGCUUUGCUUGUGUUUUAUGUGCGUGCAGUCAUGCGGGUUUAGUCGAUGAGGGCUGUACAUAUUUCAAUCACAUGAGUAACCUUUAUUGCAUUUCACCUACAGUUGAUCAUUAUGUAUGCAUGGUUGAUCUUCUUGCUCGUGCUGGCUAUCUUGAGGAUACUCUAAACUUUAUCAUUAAGAUGUCAGUUAGACCUGUGGUUGUUGUGUGGAUGUGUUUUCUUAGUGGCUGUAGAUCACAUAUGAAUAUAGGCUUAGGAGUGUUUACAGCAACGCUGCUUUUGGAUUUGGAUCCUAAAAAUGCUGCGACCUAUGUUAUUCUCUCAAACAUAUAUGCAAAAGUAGGCAGGUGGGAUGAGGUUCAAAUGGUAAGGAGUUUGAUGAAAGAUAGAGGAAUUAAAAAGAUCCCUGGAUGUAGUUGGAUUGAAGUCCAUAAAAUGGUACAUGCUUUUUGUGUAAGGGAUAGAUCGCAUUCAUAGACAGAGGAGAUAUAUCCAAAAUUGGAGAAAUUGGCUUGGGAGAUGAAGGCAGCAGGAUGUUUUCCAGAGUCGAGAAAUUUACUGGAAGGAAAAAUAACUAUUCUCUGCCACCACAGUGAUAAGCUGGCAAUUGCAUUUGGUUUGUUAAACAAGCCUCUGGGAACAACUGUUAGAGUUCUCAAGGACCUUCGAGCAUGUGCUGAUUGCCACUGCAACAAAAUUUAUAUCAAAGAUCAAGACGAGAACCGUUUCUAUCAUUUUACAUGGGGAGAAUGUUAUUGUGGAGAUUACUGCCGAUGCUAAAUGAAGCAAUCUGAAAAUUAGAUUUACACUACAAACAUGCAGCAAAAAUGAAGGGAUAAGGUUUUAUUUUCAGUUUCUGGAAAGGUGCCUUUCUAUUGUUUUGAGUAUUUGGCAAUCUGGACCCAGCUGUCGGCUUUGUAAGAUUACAUAGAGUGUAAUGAAUAUCACUGCUUUUAUACAUUUUUGGGGUAUUUGUCAAAGAUCUGUUUUAUGAUAACAUGGACUUAUCAUAAAAUUGUUUUCAGGAAAUCUGUAUAUGUAUGAAAUGAAAAGCUGGCGGAAGAGGUGGAGAAUGUGGAAAAGUAAAAGGCGAGAAAGUCAAAUAAAUGGAAAGAUGUUAGACCAGCAGGUUGAUGCUAGAAACUCCAGAUUGGGUAUGUAAGUUUACAGAAGUGCAUGCAGAUUUUCUCGUUUUUGGUUAUAUGUUAUAUAUUUCUAGGAUUGCUUCAGAUCCCUCUUUUUUU